GACAGUAUAUGAUACUAUAUAGUAGCUGGCAAAGGUCGUUCCUGGUACCAAACCGAGUCGAGUCGAGCCGAGUAGUGCUAGAAACUGUAUAGUGGAAAAGCGCCAAUUUGGCUGUAGCAUCUGGAGAAAUACAUUAUUGUGAAGACAUGGCUACUGAUGAUGAUGACAAGAAAUCUACUUUCUUCCGGAAGUCCAAUUCAUGUCUGUGGACUGCAACAGGGAUAGUGAUAAUAUAUGCGGUGUGGUCUUUACUGUUGCUCAUCUUGACAGCAUCAGGACAUCUUUUGAACAGCCAGAGCUUUGAAUGUGUGAACAGCCAGGAGGAUGUGACCAGGCUGAGAAGAGAGGCAAGACUUGUGUAUUUGGGGUCAGGGCUCAGCAUGGCUGUCUGUUUGUUGCUACUGCUCGAAUUUUGGAGAAAGAAGGGCUUCUAUUUGACAGCGAUUUUCACUUCAACGACAUGCCUGCUUGUGGUUAUCAUUGUAUCCUCUGUAUACAGUUACAAAGACGAGAAACAGGAGCUGCAGGAGUUUGAGAAGCGCUACUUGGCUCUGCUACCUCUGAAAGAUACGCCAUCAAACACACAAAACCAGCUGAAUGAAAAUGUCUGUCAUGAAAUCAAUAAUGUGCAUCGUUGGCAGGCUGAGUUUAAGUGUUGUGGACUCCAAAGCUACCAAGACUGGAAGUCCCCGACCCCAGAUACCUGCUUAUGUGACGGAAAGGACAACAGCUCUGGAUGUGUUGGAGUUGGAGACCUUCUUGUUUAUGAAAAGCCAUGUCUUCCUACAGUCUUAUCCCUCUUAAGAAAACGCAGCUCCACGUUAUGGAUCAUCAUGAUAGUUUGGAUGACCAUGGUGGGUGUUUUCCCUGGGUUCUUUGCAUUGCUUGCAUUAAUGUCGGCUUUGUACGUUUUCUAUAUGCUUGUUGUGGAAGAAUGUGUUGAAAAGUUCAGGUAUUGGAUAUACAAGAAGCGUGGAGGAGAGGACAUGGUUCCAGUGGUGUUCAUCAGAAAGAACAAUGAUGACGAAACACGGGAGGAUAACGUGGACGACGGGGACGCAAAAGAGAGCGGCGAGGUUGGCGGUGCAGUCUUAGAUAUAGAGGAAGGGACAAAUGAGCAGAGAGAGGGACAAGAAGCAGCGGAGGACUUCGAUGAUGACAACGCAGUGUCCAUUAUUCUUAUGUCAGAGCUGCAGAAGCUGCAGGAAGAGCUAGACCCGCCUCCUGUCCAACAUACGGUUCAAUGCUUGUGUAUAAUUCCUUGUAAACCCAAGGACUUCUACACGAUCCGAAUAGAGGAAGGUUCACCGCUGCUUCCCAAGAAUGCUAAGCUGGUCGAUGCCGACAAACCUACUGGGCACUGUGUAUGGGCUCGAGGACAUCAUGUUUUUUCAGUUAAACAUAUUGUUUGGCCCAGUGAGAGAACACCUUCACACUCUCUGUUACCUUCGUAGUGAUACCAUUAGUUUUGUGCUGUACACGGCAUAUUUUGACAUUUCUUUCACACUUUGACGCAGGCUUUUCCUAUCAAACUCAGAGAAUUAUAUAUUAAAGAUGAAGCCCUCCUGUGAGGAACUAAAAAUCUUUACUUUCCCAGGUAUCUUUACUGGUUUUCCAGCUCGGCUCCGGUCCCCUGUGCUUGACAAGGAUGUAAACCAUAAAGUUAAUGAAUAGCCUGUGCCUUUCUGCUCUGGUGUGUAAUACAGUGUACGACUACAGUAUGCGUCAUAAUUUAACACAAUUACACAGUCAUAUACAUGACCUUGUGACGGGAAACGUUGGCUUAACAACUCGUUACUUAGCAACCUCGCCUGAUUUCCUAUCAUUCCACUCCACUCCAUGUACUGGCCUGCCAGGAAACUUGCAGUCCAGUGUAAGCAGCAGUAAAUCAUGUAUACUUUGUUUGUGUGAGUGAUUGAGAUACAGUACACUAGAUCACUGCGGGUUAGUAACACAAGACAAGUUCUUCACAUUUUUUACAUUUAACAUUAGUGCUAUAUAGAUGUAUUAAGACCUGACAUUUCCCUUCCUACUGUAUGUCAGCAGGAAGAAGUACUCAGAUUGUUUAUUUACAGGAUUGGUUCACAAUUUUUCAAGUCUCCCUUAAAACAAUAACCAGGCCCCCAAAUAAACAUUGCAAGAGGUUUUUCUUGUUGUGAUCAUUCCUCUGGUUCAUAAUGACCAUUAGAAAAUCUCUACAUAAUUCACUUACAGUGUACAGUACGUGAUGGGGGCCACAUUCUUCUUUGCAAAAAUGUAUUUAAAUGUUUAUUCAAAUCUAAUAUGAAGCUUCAGUCGUCCAUAUUACUCAAACCAAGUAGAUAUCUUUCAACAUUACUCUGCAGCUCAUCAGGGAGACACUGUCUGAGGGACUUUGAUGCUAAAAAGACUGUAAAUGUGGCAGAUAUCCAGGUUAUUUAUAUAUUUUAUAUAGGUUAUUUUGUGUGUGCAUGUUUAUAUCUAUCACUUUUGUAAAUAAUUUGCUGGGCAGGAUGAUGAUAUGCAUUUAACCACCUCCUUGGUAUUAUUAAGCACUG